AUGAAUCCUUCAAAAUGGAACCUUGCUUUUAUAACAAUGCUCACGUUAAUCUCCACGGGCAGUCCAGCCUCGAAUGGUCCGCAACAUCCGCAGAAACGGCAGGUACCGAUGGCGAACCAAUCGCUUAGCGCGCAACCCUACUGGGAGCACAUUCUCCGUGAAUUCGUGUUCAAGACAAUCUCGCCACCCGGCAACAACCAGCUCUACAAACGCCUGUUGGACGCUCCAUUUUACGCUGGUCCGUUUCCAAUCCUCUCGAACGACGUGUCCAGCGUCGUUCUGUCCCGUGGUGACGUUUAUUAUCUGCCGAACGGACACUGGCUGUUCUGUCAGGAGGGUUGUAUCGACUGCGAGGUGUGCUCGGAGUACACGCACCCCAUCGUCAGAUGGGUGCUCCGCAGGCUCAGAAGAUACUCCACUCAAGGAUCCACCAGACACGAUCUUCAGCUGACGGUUAUACCUCAGACCGAUGGUAGCUACCACAUGAGGAACCUCUCGCCUAGAUCUUACGUCUACGUAACGUCACAGGGUGAACAGGUUGCAUAUUGGAACGAUAAGCUGGCGCAUCACGGGUCGGGAGCUUAUGGGAAUCUCGAAGAAGGCGUUUUUGGGCCUAAGGAGAAGAGCUUCUGGAAGUACGUGCAGAGGGACUCGGGGGAGAGACGGAAUUAUACAGCUUGGAAUGACACAGUUGCGAGACAUAAGAACGACACGGUUGCUCAAAAACAUGAAACAAUUGCUCCAAAACACGACACAGUUGUUGCAAAGCAUGAUACAAUUGUUAAACAUAAAAACGAUACAAUUGUUGCGAAACGAAAGAAUGAUACAGUUGCUACAAAACACGAGACCAUUACCAAGCAAAAGAACGACACAGUUGCUGUACCUUCAGAGAAACCUAAGAUAAAUUCUGAGGCAGUGUCUCUUGAGAAGAUACCUUUGAAAGAUUCAAAGCAACGUCCACACGUGACAGAUUUUGAUAAGAAUGUCACCUCGAGUCGGAACGAAAGCGGAAAUAGAUUGAAACAGUUAGUGCCGAAGCUGAUCCUCGGCACAGAUCAACUCGGACAGAAGCAUCUGGUACAUGUAGUACCUGCUGAUGGGUCGACAAACGCGACGUCGAUAAAUUCUGUUGCUCCCAAUGCACUGAACUUCACUGGACAGAGCAAGAACGCCUAUCAGAGGAUAUUGAGGAGGAUCUUCGAUUCGUUGAACAGCAACAGGCGGUCUAUCGAGAGUUUUCUUGAACCUCUCGCGCAAGCUAAGGCAAAUCGACAGAAUGAAGAACAUCAGCAGGAAGAAACAAGGAACGGUGUUAUAGGAUUAAAAGAAUUGGCUCGUCUUUAUCCAGUUCUCGGUAAUAGAAUUCGAAACGAGACCUCGUUACAUAAUCGCUGGCCUGCUACUUUGAAUUGGAAAAGACAGCGAAGGAAAUCGAACGACGAAAUAUUUGCCAGUAGUUUUAUCAACAGCACAGAUAAUCCUAAUGCUUCCAACGGUUACAAUUUGAAUCGUGAAAUACAGAAUCUAAGUAAUUCAGUGAUCAAUCAGUAUGUUAGUAAUCGAAAUGGUUCUGUGCGAUACAACUCUGGAAUAGUAAAACGUGAUUAA